AUGACCGAAGAGAUAAGAGAUAAUAGAGAAAUUAAUGAAGUUAAAGUUGAGAGCGAUUACGAUAAAAAACGUCGUGAAGCUCUUGCAGAAAUUGACAAUGCCAAAUUUGGAUGGUUUCAUAUCAGGACAUGUAUCGUAGCGGGUGUGGGAUUUUUUGCUGAUGCCUACGACAUUUUUGCCAUUAAUCUUGUGGUGGUCAUGUUAGGCUAUGUGUAUUAUGGAAAAAGUUCUCUCCCUACAGAUGUCGAUUUGAGUUUAAAACUUGCCACUCCACUUGGAACUUUUAUUGGUCAAUUCGGUUUUGGUUUGUUAGCUGAUCUUUUGGGUCGUAAAAAGUUGUUGAUAAUCAUGUUCUCUACAUUUGCUAUUUGCCUUGUUGCGAACUCCUAUGUUUACGAUCCUAAUUCAAAAACCUUCGUUUCGAAUGCUAAAGUUAUCUCCGCUCAAGGCCUUAUGUUAUUCUGGCGUAUUCUCUUGGGCAUAGGAAUUGGUGGUGAUUAUCCUCUUUCCGCAAUUAUCGCUAGUGAAUUCGCUACGACAAAACGUCGUGGUGCUAUGAUUGCUGCUGUCUUUGCUAUGCAAGGAUUUGGAAUCUUAUCAGCUGCUAUAAUUUCAACUAUAGUUGUGGCUGCUUUCCAUAAUGCCAUCUCCCCAACUAAUUAUGCAAACAUUGAUUACAUAUGGAGAAUCGUCACCGGUUGUGGUGCUAUUCCUGCUUGUGUCGCUCUUUAUUACCGACUUACUAUACCUGAGAGUCCACGUUAUACUAUGGAUAUUGAACGUAAUGUCGAUCAAGCUUCUACAGAUAUCUCCACUGCAUUGGAGUCUAACAAAUACAAACCUCGUGAUCAGAACGUUGUCGUUAAAGUUGAUGCUCCAGAAUUUAGCGUCAAUGAUUUCUUUUCUCAUUUUGGCAAAUGGAAAAAUGGAAAGGUUUUAUUCGGCACUGCUUUUACGUGGUUCGUUUUAGAUAUAGCUUUUUAUGGCGUCGGUCUUAAUAAUAAUAUUAUCUUGCAAAACAUUGGUUUUCUUGGUGAUGGUAAAGAUCCUUUUGAAACGUUAUUUAAAGCUGCUAUUGGUAAUAUUAUCAUCGCAUUGUUGGGUACUGUACCUGGUUACUGGAUUACUGUAUUCACCAUUGAUAUUUGGGGUCGACGUCCAAUUCAACUUAUGGGUUUUGCUGUUAAUACCAUACUAUUCAUUAUCCUCGGAGCUGCAUAUUGGCAAAUCAGAUCUAUUUCUUGGCUUUUUAUCGUAAUAUUUACAUUAGUUCAACUCUUCUUUAAUUUUGGUCCCAACGUUACUACUUUCGUUGUGCCUGGUGAAGUAUUUCCAACUCGUUACCGUUCAACUGGUCAUGGAAUAAGUGCUGCAUCUGGCAAAUUAGGUGCGAUCAUUUCACAAGUUGGAUUUUUCAAAUUGAAGGACCUUGGAGGGGCUCCCGAGUCACUUGUUUUCAUAAACUGGUUAUUCGUGAUCUUCGCUGUCGUUAUGUUUUCUGGUAUGGUUGUCACAUACUUUUGUAUACCAGAGACAAAAGAUCUCUCAUUGGAAGUCUUGUCAAAUGAAGACCAAGAAGGCUUUGUUAGAG